CACGCCUGUCACGUCAUGACGCUGCGUGGCGCGGGCUGUUUGUAUUGCUCGAAGUGAGAAGGACGCUGCUGGAGUGCCUCGGAGUGCAAUGGCUGACAAGGGACCGGCGUUGUUUAACGUCGAAGAGGACUUUGAAGAUGAGGCCUUCCUGUCUGCCGUGGUGGAAGUCGAAAGUGAACGUGAGCCACCAAGGCCGGCCAUCCAGCUGCUCCGCCAGACGACACGCUGCACACCUCGCCAAACUCAAGAAGUGCAAGGAAUGAUGCUGCCCGCUGACUGCCAGCGCAGUGCCCGGGCAAAGGAGAAUGAGGCGCCUGCUGCCCUCGCCUUUAAAAGCAUACGCCAUCGAGCAGACGCCGUCACCUGCCAAGCUGCUGCCAAAAAGCCGCGUGUCACCAACUUGAACUCUGAGGCCACACCGCUCCCAAGUCUGCAUAUGUUGGCAGUGCCACAGUGCAGCCCACUCUUAAGCCAACACAUUUCAGUCAAAACUGCCACCAGUGCCGUCCAGGACAGACCAGGAAGGCCCCCACCUUGGCACAGCUCCCAGCUCUUAGAACACUGCCCUCCGCCACCCACCCGUGACUCCAGUAUGAUGGCACCAUGCACACCCACUGCCUCACCUGUUGUCACCAAUCACUUAGUGCAGCUGGUGACAGCCACCAGCAGGACACCACCUCCUUCAGUGUGGAGCGCCACACGGGCCAAUACAAGGCAUUUCCCUGGACCAGCGGGUAUGCUGCCCAGACAGCUUACUGGCAGAAAUCUGGAUGAGGUUCUCGUCUGCACUCCUCACACUCCUGUCCAUGGUGCCCGGGCAAAGCUGCCACCGCAGGAGACCACUCACCUUCACCCCGUAGACGGCGGUUCUCUCCACACGGCAGCGUGGACGGCUAUGAAGGAGGACCUUGGUGCAGAGGAGGGAAGCUCACCCUGCUUUCUGCACACCUACAGUGUCGUCAUGGUUCUCCGGAAGGCUGCUUUGAAACAGUUGCCCAAGAACAAAGUCCCCUGCAUGGCCGUCGCAGUGAAAUCUCUGAGCCACACGAGUGGCGACGCCAAAGCGGUCUUCAGUGACCCCACAGGUGAGAUGCUAGGCACCAUCCACAGACAGCUUCUGGAGGAUAGGCAAGCAGAGCUGAAGGUGGGCACGGUCCUGCUUCUGAAACAGGUUGGAGUGUUUUCGCCAUCUCAUCGAAGUCAUUACUUGAACAUAACUGCCAACAACUUGCUCAAAAUCUACUCUGCUGAUGGCACUUGUUGGGUUUCCAGUCAGCAGUCCCAGAAUCCUCGGAGCAAUUGGGAAUCGGAGCCGUGUAGCUCUGCCAGCGUCGGGUGCCCCUCCUUGACCCCUCUGCAGAUGCCAGCAGAGGGCUCGUCCACCCGCUGGAGUGACUGGGAGUCGGAUGACCUGGACGGCCUGUUGGGACAGUUGCCCGAGGAGUCGAUGACCUUCCAGUGCUAGAGUGGCUGGACGGCCAUCUUGAGUGGGACUUUCAUUUGUAAAGAUUGUGGAUGAUUGACAGGAUCGAGUAAACGGCUCUCGCUGCCCGCUGCUGUCUUGUGGUGUU